GCAGAAGCGCUCGAGCACUUGACUCCACAGAUCCACCCUUAAUCGCCAAGGCCGCUUUUUUCCUGGAGCUCCAACACUUAUCCACGACCUUAAAUGGACCAGACUAAUGGAUUGGUUCGGUCAAGCACUGUAACAUCUGAAAAGCAUCUGUGAUCCGUGUGUGCGCUGUCCAAUAGGAAGGAUAUUUAUUAUUUAUAACUUCACCGAGAGACCUUCACUGUCGCAGUCCUACUGGUUUGGAAAAUGUCCCUAAAGAAUUCAAAGUCGGGUUUCACUGUACGUGAUAUUUUAGACCUCCCGGACACCAACGACGAAGGAUCUGUGAGUGAAGACACUGAAGAUGAGCAGGAUGAAGGACUCAAUGCAAAUCAGAAAAAACAGCACGACUCCUCUAGAGACGCGCUCUGGCUCGGAUCUUCGUGCGGACACAAAUAUCCAGUGCCGUCAGCAUCUCCAGAGGAGUUGAAUCCAGAACUGUCCGCGGAUGAGUCCGUUGACCGGGAAAGCUCGGAGGACUCCGGGAAAAAGCGCAAACGAAGAAUCCUGUUUUCAAAGACUCAAACCUUUGAGUUAGAGCGACGCUUCAGGCAACAGAGAUACUUGUCCGCGCCUGAGCGAGAGCAUCUAGCCAAGCUUUUACACUUGACUCCAACGCAGGUGAAGAUAUGGUUCCAGAACCAUCGGUACAAAGUGAAAAGGGCGCGGGCUGAGAAGGGAUUGGACCCGUAUCUGCUCUCCCCGCGCAGGGUGUCAAUUCCCGUUCUGGUGAGGGACGGAAGACCGUGUCAUCUUCUCGGCCCUCAGGACAUAACUGCCUCGAUUCCUCCGGCAACUGCGCCGUUUACUGCCUUUAAUAUGAAGCCGUUUCCGCAGAUUCACCACAGUCAUAACAACAUCGUGACACAUCUGACAUCAUCUGUCAAUCAUCUGGGCCACAUGCAGCCAUGGUCCUGGUGAAGAGAACACGUACAUCGCGGAGACGUCUUGAUUUGAUGUUUGCGCUUACAUGUAUUUAGAGCAUCUGUGAAAUGCCUAUUAGACGUCAAUCUGAGACGUUAAAUAUAGACGUACGUGUUUAAGGUAUUUACAACUUACAAUUACAAGCAGAACUUUUAUGACAUUACAAUGACGUCACAAUUGGGAGCAGAUCUUUUUAUGACGUUUAUCAGACCUCUUAACACAGCAGAUGUUUUCCAGACCAAAUACUUCUUGAAGACGAACGUGUGCUAUUUGGGCACGGAGCGCUUUUGUUUUCGUCUUUACUGCAAGGUGGAUUCUUUAUGUCUAUGUUUUCAAUUGUCUAAUAUUGUAUUUCCCAUCUGUUAGUUGCAAUUUAAUAAAAAAACAAAAAAAACAUACACUUGGGACAUCAUGUAGAUAUAUUUAUGCUGGAGAGUAUCUUUUUGUAUUGAUUUCAUUUAAGUUCAGUUCUCUGAUAUGUUCCUUUUAGUUGCAAUUAGAAAAGACUGGGGAAAGUAGAUUAUAGUAUGUUGUUUUUUAUUUUAUUUGAAUAGCUGGAAUUAUUCAGACUAACCUGUAAUAAAAAUUGUGAAU